AUGGGUAAUUGCACUAAAAUGUGCUAUGUUAAUGAAGAAGUGCAAUAGAUAAAUCGUAAUGAAGAUUUCUUAAUUGAUACUGGACUAAAAAAUGAUGAUAUCUAAUAGCAUUCAACUUAAGCAAAACAAUAAGAAAAUAAAGAAGACUAGUAUUCUCAAUACUCAAAUAGAAGUGUUCUUCCUCAUAUAAUCAUGAGUUCUGAUGAAAUAAUUGUUGAAUAAACUAAAGAAUCUACUAUUCCAGUUAAACUAGCAAGAAUAUUAAUGGAAGGUGGUUCCUACUAUGAAGGAGAAUGGAUGCAAGGAAAAAGAUGGGGCUAAGGUGAACAAAAAUGGCCUGAUGGGUAAAUACUUAUUUUAUUUGAGUGUUUAGUUCAAUUUAUUAAGGAGGAUGGAAGAACAAUUAAGCCAAUGGGUAUGGAAUUUUGACUCACCCUGAUGGAGAUGUAUACAAAGGUGAGUGGUUGAAUGAUUAAGCAAAUGGAAAGGGAAUUUAUAUAAAUUACAAUAAAGCACAGUAUGAUGGUGAUUGGAUUGCAGAUAAGCAACACGGUUUUGGGAUUGAGAAAUGGCCAGAUGGAUCAGUGUUUGAAGGUAUUUAUUAUUAAUAUUGAAAUUAGGUUAAUAUAAGGAUGGUAAAAAGGAGGGAUUUGGUAAACUCAUUUAUCCUGAUGGGUCAAGAUAUGAAGGCAAUUUUUGGAAGAAUAAUUUACACGGCAUAGGCAAAUAUUUUUGGCCUGAUGGAAGGACCUAUGAAGGAGAUUGGGUUGGCAAUUAAAUGGAAGGAAGUGGUACAAUGACAUGGGUUGACGGUAUAAAACUAUAUUAGUUAGGUAAAUAGUAUAGUGGAGAGUAUAAGGAGGGAUAGAAACAUGGUUUAGGAACUUUUAUUUGGGAAGAUGGUCACAAAUAUAUAGGAGAGUGGGAUAUGGGCAAAUAAAAUGGAAUUGGAGAGUAUUUUUUUAUAAAUGGUACUUCACAUAAAGGAGUUUGGUAGGAUGGGAAGCGAAUCAAGUGGGAUUGA